CGGCCUCUUCCGCCGCUGCCUCAGCCCCGCCCCGAGCGGCGGUGGCGGCCGCUUGAGCCCGGUGCCUCGCGGCCCGUCUGGAAUGGCCGCCCCGUGGGUUCUGCCCGCGCCUCUCAGCCCGGCGCAGCUCAAGCGCCUGGAGCAGCAUCGCUACAGCGCGGCCGGACGCUCGCUGCUGGAGCCCUGGCUGCAACCUUACUGGGGCUGGCUGGUGGAGCGGCUCCCGCCGUGGUUGGCCCCCAACGCCAUCACCCUCGGCGGCCUCUUGCUGAACUGCCUCACGGCGCUGCCGCUCAUCGCCUCCUGCCCCACCGCCACCGAGCAGGCACCUUCUUGGGCAUACAUCCUGGGUGCAUUAGGACUUUUUAUCUACCAGUCUCUGGAUGCCAUUGAUGGGAAGCAAGCCAGAAGAACAAACAGUAGCUCUCCUCUAGGAGAGCUCUUUGAUCAUGGUUGCGACUCAAUUUCUACAGUUUUUGUUGUCCUUGGAUCCUGCAUAGCAAUCCGACUAGGAACAAACCCUGACUGGUUGUUUUUCUGUUGUUUUGUGGGACUGUUCAUGUUCUAUUCUGCUCACUGGCAGACAUAUGUAUCAGGCACAUUAAGGUUUGGAAAAGUUGAUGUAACUGAAGUUCAAAUAGCCAUAACGGUGCUGCUGUUGGUAUCUGCAUUUUGUGGAACAGCAAUAUGGGACUAUAAGGUGCAUUUGAUAGGCCUAGAACUGAAGUUCUUUGCAGUUGUUGGCAUACUGUGUGGAACAGCAGUUUCAUGUUUCAAUUACUUCCGCGUCAUCUUUGGUGGAGGGGUUGGAAAGAAUGGAUCUACAAUAGCAGGAACAAGUGUUCUUUCACCAGGUGUCCACAUUGGGCUACUUGUCACACUGGCCACUGUGAUCUACAAAAAAUCUACAAUUCAGCUGUUUGAGAAACAUCCGUGCCUGUAUGUCCUGACAUUUGGAUUUGUGAAUGCUAAAAUCUCACAGAAGUUAGUGGUGGCUCACAUGACAAAAAGUGAAAUCAGUCUUCAAGACACUGCAUUUAUUGGACCAGGACUUCUCUUUUUGGACCAGUACUUCAACAGUGUCAUUGAUGAAUAUGUUGUUCUAUGGAUAGCUCUGUUCAUAUCCUUGUUUGAUAUGCUGAGAUAUGCCACUGGUGUAUGCCUACAGAUUGCUGCUCAUCUUCAUAUACAUGUCUUCCGAAUUUCAUCUCAUCAAGCUCCUGAACAGGUACAAGUUGUUUCUCCAUUGAGCCAUCAGAAUAACAUGGACUGAAGAGACUUGCGAACGGUUGCCAUCUCCUGCUGUUGCUGUUACAAGAAAAGGAGAUUAUUCUGAACAGA